UCGGCCGAGGUCACGUCAAGGACCACUCUCUUUUAUCCAAUCUGACUUUUUAUUAUGUGAUAUCCUGACGUAUUUGCUAACCAGAAACGAUGGGUAGUGAUAAAGAAAUCUGGAGGAUGAACUCAAAAUCUUGUAGGAAAUAUAUGAACCGCCUUUCCUACUCCAUAUUACCGGUAACUGGUGCAAUUAGUCACACUGCGUUUGCGGUACAUAUUUUGGAUCGCUCUCUUUUGGAAGGGUGGUUCCCGAAAUGGCAUCUAGGUGUUGCAAAUGGUCUGUUAUUCAAUGCUCACUUGGGUGUCGGACUCUACAUCUACAGCAGACCUUGCCUGAGGACAGCUAGCGUUUCCCACCGAGUACUCUUUGGUCUCUACGGCAGUGCCAUGUUUAAUUUCGGAUCUGUGCUUCUAUUUGGAACUGGCAAACAAGUUCUUGUCGCAGACCGGUUGAUAGGAAGCGUCUAUGCCAUAUUCGCCAGUCUCUGUUUCCUCUGCGUGGGGAAAUACUUCUUUGAUUUCUUGGACAGGCAAGUCGACAUUCCUGAUGAUGGUGACGACAUUGACAAUGUCACUGAAACUGUUGUAGAAGAACUAAGUAGCGCAUGACAUUUGAUCUUCAUUGAUUUUUUAGAAGCAGUACAUUUACCUCUUCAUUGGACUUCUAUUCCAAAAUGUGUUCAGGAUGAAAUUACUUAUUUUAGAUAAAAUGGUGCUGGUUUGAAAAAAAAAUAUUGUUAUCAAAGGUUCGUAAGUGACUGCAGAGACCAGGACUUUCACCUCCCAUUGAAAGCGAAUGCUUCAGACACUUUCGAGAUAUUGCAUAUCUGAAAUCAGAUUUGGAGUUAUUUUCUUGUGGUUAGCUGAACUUAAUACUGUAUGUAAGAAUAUGUAAAGGGUUGAAAAAAGUUUACGAUUGUGGAUUGUGCUAUUAAGUGGUCAUGAUAUAUUUGAACAAAUCAAUCAGAACAUUGUGUGGUUUAAUGACAGUUUUGCUUCUAGUUAAGAUGCAAAAAGUUUUGUGAAUCUACACUUUAUAUAAUAACUCAUGCAACGAUCCAAUAAAUGGUGAAGGGGCAUUGGGAUUAAACAUAACUAAUAAGAACCAAGCGCAAGUCCCAAAUACAUUUUUUUUAUUGGUUGAGAAUUAAAACAUAUUUGAUUUUUUAUAUUUUUUUAUAGUUUCAGUGAUUGUAACUUUGUCUGCAAUAGGCCCCAUAUGGGUUCAAUAGAUUUGAUAUCCAAACAAUUUUUGAAAUACUAGUACAGUAUUUCUUCCAAGCUUGUUUUUUUUUCCCCUAACCAGUGGUCUUGAACCCUUUUUAAGAUGAGAUGCCAAAAAUAUCCUGCUUUGUUGAAUGCUUUGCAAUCUCUUUAAUACCUUAACCUGUUGUCAAUCCACAAUGAGGACAUUUUAAUAUAUUUUAUUGAUAUAUCAAUACAACUCGCAAGCACCUCAGGAAUAUGCUUUUUCAUUCUAAUUUUCAGAAGUACAAGUAUGUAUGUACAUGUAUUUGCUUUUAUGUUUAAAUUGACAUGAAUCUCAAAUAUUCUGAAUUAUAUUAUCUUACAUGUAUGAUCUCCUUUCAUAAAGUCAAGUGAUUCAUUGAUGUUGUUCAAAGAAGCAUGUGGACUGAAUUCACUUAUGGAAAAAUAAGUUGUAUCUGAAAUAAAAACAGUACUUUUGUCUUUAUAUUGCUAUUCAUGAUUGUGCAGUAAAUAUGCUUUUUAUUUUACUGGGUAUUUUUAUUGAAGUUGCAAGAAAACUCAUGUGAUCAUAAAUAGAAAUAGUCAAACAGUAAUAUGUGAUGUAUGCACAUUGCACAAAGUAUUUAUGUUAUAUGGUUUAUUUCAAAAGAGUUUUUGUUUGUGUUGAAAUGGAAUUUCAAUAGAGUUUUAAUAGAAAUUGAUAUAUCAGAAUGAUUUUACUUCUUGAAUUCAAGUGUCAGCUUAGGCUGGUGGAAUAAUAUUUUUAUUUAAUCUGUCCAGACCUACGUACCAUGUAUAUACCUGCUACAAAGAAGACACUGUGUAGCAGUUACUUUAAAAAAAAGUAUAACAACUCGUAAUGCAUUAUGAUGGAAAUUGUUCCCUGAAUAUUUUACUAAGAAAUAGUUUUACAAUCUACUUGUUCAAUUAUACGUAUAUGAAAUCCAAUAUUGGUAUUCAUUUUUAGUGUAAAAAGUGUUUCAUAUUAAUCGUAUUCUAUUUCCAUGAACUUAUGGCUGCAUACAACUUUAGAUUACAUGUAUUUACAGUGCAGCAAAUUGUACCAAAAUUCAUAGAAUAUCUGUAGAUGCUCUUGGAACAUUUUAAAAGUCCUAUUAUACAGGAGUUUUGACAUGUUUUUAGUCAAAUCUCCAAAUUAAACAACAAUUUUGCUUGAAUAAAAUUGAAAAAUGUAUUACGUUUGAGUUGAGCAUGGUUUGUUAUAUUGUACAUAUAUACAUUGCAGUUGUGCAUGUGUACAAUGUGGUUAUAUUGUUCAUCAAGCUAUCGUUUCAAGAAUUUGAAGUAUCUUUCGAAUGUGUAUUUAACUUAAAGUACAAGUCCACCCCAACAAAAAC